CAAGUGUAAAUUAAUUAAAUUUCAUCAACUUCGAGUCCAAUUGUUGUUGAUUCACAGACGCUCAUUGUCUUCUUAAAUAAGAAAAAGUUGAAAUUUGUGACAGAAAUUCUUAAAUUACCAAAUUUUGUGUAAUAAUUCGUGAUAAAAACCAAAACAAUGCCCACCAGCGCCGUAUAUCAACCAACAACAGUCAGCUUUGAAAAUUCAGGCGGUUCAUUACUAGCACAAACAACGACAUCGUCACGCUUAAAAACAGCUUUUCGCAAACCAUGGAUGCAAACACUUUUACUUCUAGCAGGACUUUUCUUUAUAGCACUUGGAAUUGUCCUUACAGUAUCAGCAUUCGCAGAUUAUGAAGACGUGAUGGCUAAUGAAGAUAUUGUUAAAGAUUUACCACCUCAUGAGAUGGAAUACGAUAUUUUCUUCGUAUUUCUGGGUGUUUUCUUCACCAUAUUUGGAUUUGUCUUGUUGGGAUUGUACAUAAAAGUAGCUGACUGUUGGCGCCGGAACUGUAUCGUGUGUCCUUGUUCAUAUGGUCGAAAGAAACAAGGACUUGCACGACAAUUACAAGGGCAAAGUGGGGGUCAAAUUAUGGCAUUGAAUCCAUCAACAGAUCCAUUGGUUUCUCACACUCAAUACGCUCCUGUUUCCGAAAUUCCUCGACUUGAGGAUGAAGAAGAAAGAAAGACACUAAUGUAUGACAAAGACGGUGGCAACACUGCUGAAGAAUCUCAACUCCUUGGACCUGAUCCACGAAUCGUUCUAAGGCCUUCAACUCAAGUCGACGAUGCUUAACUAUUUUUGUAUAAAAAUCGCUUCAAGCAUCUGAUCAGAAAGUUUCGGAAGCGGUUUUAUCGUAAUUAGAUCACAUUAAUGAGGUAAGGGGAUUUCGAGAGUUGAGAAAGACAAGACACAAUAAUUUCAUGUGGGGUGGAAAAAUUUCUGUUUUUAAAUCUCUUAGUGACAUUCUUAUGCACAAGAUUACAUGUUUUCGUACAUAAAACGAAGAUUUUUGACGACCUUUCUAGAGUAAAGUAAAAGAAAACAUUCCAAUUUAAAAGAAGAACAUGACAUGACUCAAAUUUAAAUGUAAGUUUAUCACAGUUUACAAGCACUAAGGGAACUUAUAAAAAAAAUAUAUCACAUUGACUCACCUUUAGGGAGCAAAACUAAAUAAAAGGGGGAAGUAAAAUAAAAGGAUGAUUAAGUGUGUGGGUGGUAGGAACAGCGUGGAUAAUUAAACGACUACCUAAAUAGAAUUUUUCUCUUUCCUUUCACAUAUGAAGCGCUUCGUAAAGCGAUGAAUAAUUUAAUGAUUUGACAAUGAAAACUGGAAUUUUAUUUAUGAGUUGUGCAAUAUCGACAACUUUUGGAUUCUCGCUUUUAUUCAAACCAUAUGAAAGAGAAGCAUAAGCCUUUCUUUUUCUGUCAAGGAAAUCAUUUUUUCAAUGAAUCUCAUUUAUUUCGAUCAUCAUAAAUACAUAAAAAUUAUUUAAGUUUUCUUCUGAUUCUGUGCUCAAAAUGACCAGAAAUAUUCGGAAUUUCUUCUUUUCAAAUCUAAAGCAAAUCAAUAAAGAAAAGACAAAUUUUUGGAGUGAAGUUGAAAUCUCCCCCGCACAAAAACAAUUAAUUAAAACAUUCUCUCUAUCUCUUUGCAUUAUCGCAUGAAUAAUAUUAAAGAAUAAAUGCAGUUUGUACUUAAUGAUUAAAAUGACACCGUUCGUAGAGUUAAAGAAGUAAUGAGAUAAUUUGUAGAGUAGAUUUGCAUUUUAUUACUUGCUUCGAAGAGAAGAAGAAAGUAAAUUAUUAAUCGUCUGCAAAUGACGCGCUUCUUCUUUGUGAAAUCAAUCAUUUAUGCGUCACAAAUUUCGUGGACGGUUUUGAAUCGCGAAAGGAAACAUAAAAAUAAACAAGUAAAAAUAUUUUUUUAUAAUCGACCUAAACCUAGCGGAAAGAAGAAUGAUAUGAAAAAGCAACCAUUUGAGUAGACGUUUCUUUACGAAGUGAGCAGGAAAUGAAAGGCACCGAAUAAGGCAGACGACACAAACUUCGAAUGCGUGAGUGUCGAGUAAAGAAGAACAUAUAAUUGCGAUUCUUUCUCGUGCACUGACACGGGUUGGUGUAAAAUAUUUCAUUCUCGCUUCUUAACUGCUUGCAAGUUUUCUUUUUAUAAAUUAUCUUAAUUUUAUCAUGAUUGGGUUAAAAGCUUUUUGAUUGAUAUUUUUUUUAAUUCCUCACAUUUUAUUGAUUUUAUAAUUUAUUUAUUAAAUAAGUUUUAUUUUGGGUUUUAUGGAUUAAACAGUUUUUUUUUUAUGAAAGGAAGUGUAGCUAACAAGUUUCGCAUAUUAACCGGUAAUUGAAAAUAUUUAAUUCAUAGAGUUGAGUUUUAUUAGGAAUUGUUCCGUCCGUAGCACGAAUUAUUUUAAAAAAUGAAGAAAACUAAGCAAUGUUAGUUUAAUGAAUUUCAUUUUAGAUAUAAACCGUGAUGAUACUUCUUUACGAAGUUUAGAAUUCAAAAGAAUUUUUUGAAAUUCAUUGGUUUAGCAUUGCUGAUAUUGAUUUUAAAUUAAUUUAAUUUUUUUAAAAGUUUGAUUUGUGUCUCUCUGAAAUGUUGUGAAAGAAAAUGUUAAGCAAAACAAAAUUCUUUUUGGAAAAGUAAAGAAAUUUAAAUGAAACAGUGACACGAAAUAGGCAAUAAAUUUACCAUAAAAAAAAUGUAAAUGGAAUUGAAGCCACUUUUUACAUCGAUCCAGAAAUUGCAUUCCGUCGCUUAAUGUAAAGUUAAUGACAUAAUAAUUAUUAUAACAAUAAACAAUUCCAUCCUCAUGCAAUCUUAAUUAUCAGGACAAGUAAACAAUCUACUUAAUUCGAUUGAAUUCGGGUUUGAAUUGAAAGGAAAGUAGAUCAUGAUUCAAAGUUAUAAAUAAUUGCGAGUGAAUGACCGAAGGCUUUUGGUGUAAGAAAUAUUUUCAUAAUCAGUUUCAUUUGAAAUAAUUUAAUAUGAUUUAUGUUGAAAAAGUUCCGAUCAAAAUAUGCUAAAAUUGAUACUUCGCCAAAAGCCUCAAGUGAUGUGAAUCAAUAUCAAUUUAUAUGAAUUCAACUAACUCAUUUAAGAUUGAGAAAUUUGUCUUCACUAUUCGUCUAACGAGAUCAAACAUUAAAUUAAAAUUUCUGAACUUUUUGAAAUCAAUCUCGUCCUUGAGUGAACUUAAAAUGUACUUUUAAAAUCCGUUCCAAAUAAUGCAAACCAUUCCAACUUUCAAAAAAAAAAAAAAGCAUUUAAUAGGCAAGUAAAGUGUAAGAAGUGUAAUUUUUAGAAGACAGUUAUGUAAGAAUUUGUAAUCAAAAGAUGUUGGUUUUGAAACAAUAAUAAAAUAAAGAUGCUGAAAAGA